GUGGGAGCUGCCCUCAGACCAGCCUUCACUGCUGACGCUCCUCCUGACGUCACGGCUAAGGCCUGCCAGGUGUGCAGCGCCUGGAUCGCCAGCGGCGUGGUCAGCGACCUGCGUGACCUGCGGCGCGUCCACCAGCUCCUGGCCUCCUCAUUGGCUAAAGUCCAGGCAGGGAGGGACGCGUCCAGCCAGCUGUACAACGAGGCCACCGCGACCAUGGAGACGCUGGCCGUGCUGAAGGCGUGGGCCGAGGUUUACAUCGUCGCCGUUCAGAGCAGCAGACAGAAGGAGCGCUCUGAUAGGAUGGCUGACCUGUCCGUCUCUUCCUCUGCGGCCAAUCACAGCACAGAAUCGGGAGGGGCGGGCCUCCUGAAGCUGGUCCAAUCAGAUCUGUCGACGCUGAGCCGCCUGUGGCUGGCGGCGCUGCAGGACUACGCCCUGCUGACGCUUCCGCAGGAGUUCUCCUCACAGCUCCCUGCAGCAGGAGGCUCCUUCUACACCGCAGAGACCGUCAACCAGGCCAGACCUCACUACUCCUCCUCCUGGGCUCCUCUGCUCCACGCCACCUCCCUCUGGCUCCACAGCACCGGUUUUGUGAUGUCAGACGACUCACCUGCCCACCUGUCCAGACCGGCCACGCCCACCUCCAUGGGCGGGGGCGGAGCCAAGAGUCCAGAGGACGUCAGCAGUGACAGACUGCACCUCAUACUGGGGAUCAGCGUGGAGUUCCUGUGUUCUCCGCACUCAGACGACCAGAUGGAGAACAUCACUUCCUGUCUGCGGGCGCUGCAGGCGCUGCUGGACGUCCCCUGGCCCCGCGCCAAGAUCGGAAACGACCAGGCUCUGAGUGUGGAGCUGCUCAGCGUCCUCCACAGGUUGAUGGUGACCAGAGAGUCGCCGUCCGUUCAGCUUGCCGUCUUAGAUUUACUGCGACAGAUUGUGACGGCGGCUCAGGAGCACGUCAGGGAGAAACGCCACAGCGCCGAAGUGGAUGACGGUGCCGCGGAGAAAGAGACGCUGCCAGAGUUCGGAGAAGGACGGGACACCGGCGGUUUGAUCCCCGGACGCUCGCUGGUGUUCGGAGCGCUGGAGCUCUGCCUCUGUGUGCUGGUCCGGAAACUCCCACAGCUUAGCCCCAAACUGGCUGGAACCAGUCCAACUG